AUGGAGGGCCUGGCUGAGCUCGGCUGCGAACUACUGCAGCUGGAUGUGACGGAUUCCAAAUCGGUCUUUGCGGCGACCGAGCAGGUGCUGCAGGCGGCGGGGCGCAUCGACGUUUUAGUCAACAACGCGGGCCUGGGCGGGCGAGGGCCGGUCUGCGAUUACAAUAUCGCUGAGGCAAAACGGGUCUUUGAUGUCAACGUGUUUGGGACGAUGGCGAUGUGCCAGGCUGUGGUCCCUCACAUGAUCCAGCGGCGCAGCGGCACUGUCAUCAACAUCGGCAGCGCGCUGGGCUUGAUCACUCUCCCCUUUACAGGGGUCUACAGCGGCUCGAAGCGCGCCGUCCGAGGCCUCACCGACGCGCUGCGGCGCGAGCUGUACGGCAGCGGCGUCCGUGCCAUCUACUGCGCCCCAGGCUGGGUGCGGUCCAACAUAUCGGCCAGCGGAGCCCACGGCGGCCUGAACCAGCUGGAUCCCAAGGGUGCCUGGGGCCCCUGCGCCCGUCACAUCGCAGGAGACCUGUUUGAAAACGAGGGCGCGGGUGCGGCGACGACGGCGGGAUUCGCGCGCGGCUUCUGCGACAUGGCACUGCAUCCGCGGCCGCCGGCGUUCUGGACUAACAGCUUGACCAGCGGGUGGCUGCCGCUGGUCCUGGACAAGUUUGCCCCCAUCCUCAUUCUUGACCCCAUCCUGGCGUGGCGUGCUGAUGUGCACAAGGCGUUUGUGCAGCUGCGCGGCAAUCCCAUGGGCCUGAUGUGA